GAUAGCGGAGGGGCCGCCAUUUUGCGGGAAGAGAGGAAGGUCUGGCUGCAGAGCUGCUUUUCCUGCUGAAAUUACAGGAACUAACCAAGCUUCGCGUCCCCAAACACUCAAAGGAACGGAGAGAACCGGGACCCCCUACGGGGACCCGGAACUGAUCUGACACGAUGGCAUCUGAUGACUUUGAUAUCGUGAUUGAGGCCAUGCUGGAAGCUCCCUAUAAAAAAGAGGAGGAUGAGCAGCAAAGCAAAGAGGUUAAGAAGGACAGUCCUAGCAAUACCACCAGCAGCACCGGCAACAGUGGCAGUAGUACCAGUGGGAGCACCACCACUGGGGAGACAAGCAAGAAGAAGAGUCAGAGCCAUAGUAGGAGCAAGGAUAGAAAGCGCAGUCGUAGUCGAGAUCGUGAUCGUCAUAGAAGAAGAACCAGCCGAAGCCGGAGCCGUGAUCGGCAGCGUCGUCAUCGUAGCCGGAGCUGGGAUCGACGACGUAGUAGUGAGUCACGAAGUCGAGACUGGCGUCGUGAGGAUCGUGUACACUAUAGGAGUCCUCCAUUGCUCACUGGGCGUAGGCCUGGCCACAGUAAGAGUCCUCAGUUCAGAGAGAAGAGUCCAAUCAGGGAGCCAGUUGAUAAUCUGAGCCCUGAGGAGCGUGAUGCCCGCACAGUUUUCUGUAUGCAGUUAGCUGCCCGUAUCCGGCCUCGAGACUUAGAGGACUUUUUUUCUGCUGUUGGCAAGGUUCGUGAUGUGCGCAUCAUCUCAGAUCGGAACUCACGGCGUUCUAAGGGUAUUGCCUAUGUAGAAUUCUGUGAAAUCCAGUCUGUACCACUGGCCAUUGGACUGACUGGGCAACGGCUGCUGGGAGUGCCCAUCAUUGUACAGGCCUCACAGGCUGAGAAAAACAGACUGGCAGCCAUGGCCAACAACUUGCAGAAAGGUAGUGGUGGACCAAUGCGUCUCUAUGUUGGCUCCCUGCACUUCAAUAUCACCGAGGACAUGCUCCGGGGUAUCUUUGAGCCCUUUGGCAAAAUUGAUAAUAUCGUCCUGAUGAAGGACUCAGAUACAGGCCGCUCGAAAGGUUAUGGUUUCAUUUCAUUCUCUGACUCCGAGUGUGCCCGGCGGGCCCUGGAGCAGUUAAAUGGCUUUGAGCUUGCUGGUAGACCAAUGAGAGUUGGCCAUGUUACUGAGCGACUGGAUGGUGGUACAGACAUCACUUUUCCUGAUGGAGACCAAGAGCUGGAUCUGGGAUCAGCAGGUGGACAUUUGCAGCUUAUGGCCAAACUGGCAGAAGGCUCUGGAAUCCAGCUGCCCACUACAGCUGCUGCCGCUGCUGCUGCUGCCCAGGCUGCUGCCUUGCACCUAAAUGGAACAGUUCCUUUGGGGACUCUGAAUCCAGCAGCUCUAACUGCUCUGAGCCCAGCCCUGAAUCUUGCCUCUCAAGCAAUUGCUUCCCAGUGCUUCCAGCUCUCCAGCCUUUUUACACCUCAGACCAUGUAAAUCAGUGGCACAGCCCACUAUGUCCCUGUGCCUCUGGGUCCUACCAGUUCUUUUUCCACAUGUACUCUUCCUCUGUUCCAUCUUCUAAUUGUGGACCAAGCCAUCCUGAGGGCAUAGACAUUAAUUCUGGAAGAAUUGGGGCCACUUGGAGACACCAAGAAGAAAGAGUUCCUACCCUUGUCCUACUGGGAAUGAAUUCUGCAGAACAGAGCCCUCAGUUGAAGAGAAUAGAAUCUAUACCUACAUUUGUCCUUGUGUAAUGGCUGCCAAGAUGUCCAUCUUGCCCUUUUCCUACCACCUUAGUGCUUGACACCUCCCCCACUGGGAAGGCUUUAGGGCAUUAACUACAGGAGCUAACCUCUUUUUCCUUUACCUUUACUCUAUAACCUAUUAAGGAAAACCUGUAGGACUUCUGAAUCUAGAGGACAUUGUAGAAUUAAGGGGAAGGGGGCUUCUUAAAGGUGCUGGCUUUCCAUUGUAAAGGCUCUGGAAGACACCACAGACCUGUGUGUUGUAAAGCUUGUCUUAGGUCUCUGGUAGGCUUAAGGCCAGAACUGCUACUUAUAGGCUCAGCAUCUUGCUAGGAGACACAGGAGUGGUCUACCUUGCCAGGCAAUUGAGAUGCCUUAGGGGCUUUCAGGAAUUUAGUAAAAGGGGGGGUACAUUUCUAAUAUUUUCCAUCUUCCUUGGCGUAUUUGUCCUUCUCAGGUCUUUCUUUUGACCCAAGAUGGGAAGAUGGAGGGGAGGCUGCCAUUCUCUACCACUUUUGUGUGCCUAUUGUGUCCUCAAUCUUGUCAUUUAAAGCCACUCCUAUCCCCUGCCUGGGCAUAUGUGAGCCCUUGUCACUGGAUUUUAUACCCUUGUGUUUUGUGUACACACACACACACACACACAAACUUUGUACAAAAGGCAAGCUCCUUGUUAAGAUGUUUGCUGUCCAUAUGUGUGUGGUCUCAGUUGAGUGUCUGAUGUUAAUUUCUGAGCCAAAGCCAUAGUGGUUCUAAGGAUAUAAAACAUUUGUAAUGCCA